CCGCCGAAGCCUUCUGUCCUUUGGCCACUCUUUUACGGGCAUAUCUGUGGGAUCCGAACAUGUUCAAGUUCAACUUCGAGGUAGACGAGGCGGACGACCCCCUUGCCGACCUCGCGUUCGGCCCCGUCGCCACCGCCGGGUCGGCAGGCGAGCAACAACAAACUCGCGCGGAGGAAGACCGCUCCACCGAGAUCCCCAUCGAAGACCUCAUCGCUGCACUUCCGCACACGUUUUCUUUCUCGCCGCUCGCCGUCGUGCUUGCGUCAAAACGCGAUGUCGUGCUCGCCCGCAGAGACCUCUUCGACGCCAAGUUUCAGCUCAUCGCGUCCGACGAGGGCACAGAAGCUAAAAAUGGACGCUCGGACGUCGACUUUCUCGACGCGCCCUCGGACCUCGUACCUUGGGUCUACGAGGGCGGUCUAAAAACUUGGGAGUGCAGUCUCGACCUCGUCGACUGCCUCGACACCAUCUACGGGCCCGGCAUCGCGAGUAACCUCAAACAAAAACGCAUCUUAGAGCUUGGGUGCGGCACGGCCAUCCCCUCCCUGUACCUGCUAUCUACUAUAUUCGCAGCAGAGCCCUCUGCGGAAAGUAACAUCCACAUACAUCUCCAAGACUACAACGACCUCGUACUUCGUCUUGUGACGCUACCAAACGUCAUUCUCGCGUGGUACAUGUCCCCCGCCUCCGCCUCCUUCCGGUCCAACCCCCCACCAGCCCCUCAUAGUAACGGAAUGGACGACCCCAACGCCGAACCCGAACCCCUCCCACCCGCGGACGUCACCGAGCCCGGCGAGCUCCCCAUCACGCCCGCCCUAACCACCGCCUUCCUCGCCUCCCUCCUUUCCUACGGCGUCCACCUCAAAUUCUUCUCCGGGGCCUGGUCCACAUUCGACAUCCCCGCCUCCGGCGGGCCACACCACCUCGUGCUCACCUCCGAGACGAUCUACCGCACCGACAGCCUGCCCUCGCUCGUCGCCCUCCUCCAGCGCGCGACCGCCCCAGGGCCCGCGGAACCCGAGCGGAUGGUGUCUCCGAGCAUCGCGGAGUGGGCGUCGCGGCUAAGCUUGACGGACGAGGGCGAGCUGCGCCGUCUCGCGGAGGAAGAGAGUUUGUGCCUGGUCGCGGCGAAGACGGUGUACUUUGGCGUCGGCGGCGGGGUGAGCGAGUUUGUGGACGCCGUGGAGGGCGAGCGCGGCGGGGUGGUGCGUACGAUCUGGGAGCGGGUGCAUGGCGUGAAGAGGAGUGUGAUGCGGGUGGUAUGGAAUAAUGCAUAA